GAACAUGAGUUUCAUAUAAACCAAUCUGCCCUAAUUCAAGCCAUUGUCAUACAUCGCUUCUGCUUAUUUCCCAUCUGCUUAUGUUUAUUUCUGCUUUAUUUCUGGUUCUGCUUCAGUGCAUAUAGUCACAUUAUAGCUAACCAGCUUAAUCAUUUUUGUUUAAAAAGUGUACAAUUACAAUAUUAGUGUGUUUCACUUUGAUGAAAAUGGAACCGUGUGAAAAUAUCUACCAAAAUAGUAGUAAAAUAAACAGACCGAAUAGCUCAGCAUUUACCAGCACAUGUGUGGAUACAUACAAUCAAGAAGACAAUGGUAGGAUUCCACAGACUGCAUCUCAACAAUCAGACAGAUCAAAAGUCUACAAAGGAGCCAUUGUGUUGCUCUGUGCUAUUCUGCUGUCUUGUGUCAUAGGCCUGAGUGUCAAUAGAGCAGAGACAAACAAGUUACAGAUCGACUAUCACAGGUGUAUUGACGACAAAGCCAAUUUCAGUAGACAGUACAAAAAUCUGACUACAGAGCGAGAUCAUCUAGAGAAAAGUAAAAAAGCCCAAAUAAAAAAGAAUCAGUGGUUAGAAAAGCUAGUUUUAAAUGUUGGGUGCACGACAGGGUGGAGAAACUUUUCAAAUCAUCUUUAUUGUGCCUCUACUAAAGAACUGACCUGGAAUGAAAGCAGAGACAAUUGCAUGGAAAAGAGAGCAUAUCUUGUGAUCAUAAAUAACAUAGAGGAACAGGAGUAUGUGGCUAAUCUCAAAAUUAAUGCAUGGAUUGGCCUCACUGACAGUCAAACAGAGGGAGUGUGGAAAUGGGUGGACAACACUGAACCAAUCCACAAGUACUGGAUGGCAGGUGAGCCUAACAACAUUGAUGGAAAAGAAAACUGUGUGGAGAUACUAAGCAGCAUUUCAAGCCAACAAAACUGGAAUGACGUAGCAUGCGAUAUAAGAAAAUAUUAUAUCUGUGAAUAUGAAUAUUGAAUUGAUUUCUUGAUUAAUGAUAUCCUUUAUUUUAUUUUUUUAACUACACUUGUGACUAAAAAUAGAAUUAAUAAAAAAUAAAUCCCAAAAUUAGUAAAAAAUAAAGAAAUUGUGGUUUAUCCGAAGUUUUUUUUUUUACUAACAAAUCUGUUAUUCCUGCACUGUUUAAUUUGAUUUGUUGUUUAAUAAAAAAAAUUAUGUUUGCAGUCUGAAUGUACAUGAUCACCUUAACCUUUACCCAUUACAAUAGGUGGUUUUAAAUCUUUUGAACAACAAAGAUGCAUGAGAUUAUUAAUUGCAAUAUUCUAUACUGUGUUCAGCUUUAUAAUAUUCAUAAAUGAAUGGACUAGCAUGAGUCUUUCAUUCCCAUCCAAAUAAAUAAAUAUUCCUCACAUGAUACCUCAAACAGAAUUAUUUUAUUAUAAAGAGAGGGACUUUUAUUAUGAAAGGAGUUUGAUUUACCCGGAAAUAUAGCAGAACCGUUGCUCCCGUAACACUGCUUUAAGAUGGCUUUCAGAACUGGACAUGUUAUCAACUACCUUCUAAUCAUUUUGUUUGAAAACCGGUCUUAAUCGGAUAACGUGUAAAGCUUUGGAUUUAAAAGGGUCUGGCCACUGCAAGUGGCGUCCGAUCUCGGUGACACCUGCAGUUCCCCCUCCGACGUUUUGCACGGCGCUCGAUACCAGUGCUGUUAAGCUGGCUGUAGUGUUGAGUUUGUAAAUAUUAUCAGAUCUCCGAUCAGAUCAGACUCCAGCUAGAUCGGUGCUUCUGUUAAAAUGGCCACCAUGGAGAAGCUGAUGAAGGCGUUUGAGUCGCUCAAGUCCUUCCAGCAGCAGCAAGGCCCGCUGUCGGCCGAGGAGCUCGUCCAGAAACAG